CUUGAGUUUGUUUGGACUUGACAGCGCUUUAGUUCAUGGCGAGAAAUGGUACUCUUUGUUAAGUAAAGUGGUGAGGAAUCUCGCUCCUUAUCCAGAUUCAUUCAAUCAAAUGGUCUUUACCGCCACGUCUGCUGGGAUCUGUUACUGAAGUUGCAGUACAGGGUGGCAGUUGGCCCAAGGCGACUACUUAUUUCGCUAGCUUGUUAGCUAACAACGGCUGCAGUUUGCGAGGAUGUCACUUCACGGCAAAAGAAAAGAAAUCUACAAAUACGACGCACCGUGGACGGUGUACGCGAUGAACUGGAGCGUCCGGCCGGACAAACGCUUUCGGCUGGCACUUGGCAGCUUCAUGGAGGAAUACAACAACAAGGUCCAGGUGGUGGGUCUGGAAGAAGAGAGCUCAGAGUUCGUCUGCAGGAACACGUUUGACCACCCGUACCCCACCACCAAGAUCAUGUGGAUCCCGGACACUAAAGGGGUGUACCCGGACCUGCUAGCCACCAGCGGGGACUACCUGCGCAUUUGGAGGGUCAGCGACACAGAAACACGUCUUGAAUGUUUGCUCAACAACAACAAGAACUCUGACUUCUGUGCUCCCCUCACGUCUUUUGACUGGAAUGAAGUUGAUCCAAAUCUGCUUGGUACUUCAAGCAUUGACACCACCUGCACUAUCUGGGGUUUGGAGACGGGCCAGGUGUUGGGACGAGUGAACCUGGUCUCUGGGCAUGUGAAGACCCAGCUGAUUGCUCAUGACAAAGAGGUGUAUGACAUCGCGUUCAGCCGUGCAGGAGGUGGCAGAGAUAUGUUUGCCUCCGUGGGGGCCGAUGGAUCCGUCCGCAUGUUUGACCUCCGGCACCUGGAGCACAGUACCAUUAUCUAUGAAGACCCCCAGCACCACCCACUGCUUCGCCUUUGCUGGAACAAGCAAGACCCCAACUACUUAGCUACAAUGGCCAUGGACGGCAUGGAGGUUGUCAUCCUGGAUGUACGUGUGCCUUGCACUCCGGUCGCUCGGCUAAACAACCACCGCGCUUGUGUCAACGGGAUCGCCUGGGCCCCCCACUCGUCAUGUCACAUCUGCACUGCAGCCGACGACCACCAGGCUCUGAUCUGGGACAUUCAGCAGAUGCCGCGAGCCAUUGAGGAUCCCAUCCUGGCCUACACUGCUGAAGGGGAGAUCAACAACGUGCAGUGGGCGUCCACGCAGCCGGACUGGAUCGCCAUAUGCUACAACAACUGCUUGGAGAUCCUGCGUGUCUGAAACCAUGAACACUUAAACGAAGAAGAGAAGCUCCUUGAAUUAGAUUUGGACUUAAUUUUUAGUAUUGUCCUGCUGCUUUUAAGACAAGGAUGACGUCACGAGUGAACUUUUUGAACGUGUUUGGAGUAUUGCACACCUACCCCACAAUAACCUGGUUUUCAUUUUGCCCCGCGUCUUUACUCCAUCGUUCUUCUCUUAAACAUUUAAACUCUUAUUUAUUUUGCUCACACGGUAGUGUUCAGAAGCUUUGAAAUCUAAGCUACUGUCUAUGAAAAUCUAAUUUUUAUACUUCUUGGUGUUGGGCAGUUGUGAGACUAUCAUGAAGGGUUUACAUGUUGUGUGCUUCACCUUUUGAGUUGUAAAUGCUGAUGCAGACUGCUGGAGGCGGCAGAAGAUGACCACUCAAGAAAUGUGUGAGAGCCUUAUUGUGGACUACUAUAUUAUUUAUAAUUCAAAGGCCAAAUAUACCAUCGCUCUGUUUGCCCCUGCAAACAUUUUCAAACGGGCAUUUCUCCUUUAUUCUCCCACCAAAUGACCGAAGCUUGAACUUAACUGGCUUAUUAAACUUGUAUAAAUUGUCAGCUGACCAGAGAGGGAUUUGUACUGUCACUUUAGUGGUGCUUGCCAUCAUAUGGCAUGUUGAUAUUGUCAAGCAGCCUUUAAUUAAUCAGAACCUACCAGAUCAAUGUGAUUCAGCCCCUCUGAACUCCCGACUUCAUUUCUUUAUUUUUUGAAGGUUAUAUUUGACAACUGCAUUUUCUUUUGAGUUUGAAGCUUUGACAAUGGGAGAAAUAACAUCCUGACCGAGUCUGCCUGUCUUUUUGUGGUUUCCAAUAAUUAAAAGGUUGUGUCCUUGUAGCAUGCCUUUACAAGGCAAAAAUGUAUAUACAUAUAAAUUUAUCAACUAGAGAUGUUGGUAAGACCAGUGUUCUUGGUGAAGCUUUUCAUAAAGUUUAUUAUUGAAUUUGCUCAAAUAAAUUGUAUACCUCCUUGUUCUAGAAA